GGCGCCGCACACGCACAAAGCGCGCGCCGGGGCCGGUGACGACAUCAGGACGCGACUCCCCGGACGCUGCAGAGUGGGAGAUGUAGCAUGCUAGCUCGUUAGCUGAAGCUUUAGUGUGUGUUUGUGAUCGCGGCUCGUGACCUGAGACUUUGAACUGUCACCUUCCUGUAACUCAGGUCUGGACGAAACCACAUCAGCAGUAGAUCCGGAUGGAGACAAAUGGCUGAUGGAGAGAACGUAGCGUUCCUUCCGUAUCAGUUUGAGCCAGAGUCAGAUCCUGAAGACGCUGCUGAAGAGCCUCGGGAGUUAAGGCCCCAGCAGGAGGUCUCUGAACGGAGGAUGGCCACGCCCAGCAAGACGCCACCGGGCGCCGACCCCAAGCAGCUGGAGCGGACCGGCACGGUCCGAGAGAUCGGGUCCCAGGCAGUGUGGUCCCUGUCGUCCUGUAAACCCGGCUUCGGGGUGGAUCAGCUGAGGGACGAUAACCUGGAGACGUACUGGCAGUCGGACGGAUCGCAGCCUCACCUGGUGAACAUUCAGUUCAGGAGGAGGACGACGGUGAAGAUGUUGUGUAUUUAUGCUGAUUAUAAAUCUGACGAGAGCUACACACCCAGUAAGAUCUCUGUCCGAGUCGGCAACAACUUCCACAACCUGCAGGAAAUCCGGCAGCUGGAGAUGGUGGAGCCGAGCGGCUGGAUCCACAUCUCUCUCAUCAACCAGCGGACGAACGAGCCGAUCAGCACCUUCAUGAUACAGAUUGCCGUGUUGGCCAACCACCAGAACGGCAGAGACACUCACAUGCGGCAGAUUAAAGUCUACACGCCGGUGGAGGAGAGCUCUAUCGGAAAGUUCCCACGAUGCACCACGGUGGACUUCAUGAUGUACCGCACCAUCAGGUGACCUGGACCCACACGCGCACUGUGGUCGCCUCCAGGGGAAUUCUGGGAAAUCUGCAGGCUCAUGUUUGAUGGAUCCUGACGUGAUUUACUCUUCACUUCACUUUAGUAUCUGUCACAUAAGGAAACUUAAAAACACACAAUAUUUAAAUUUGACUGGAACAUCUACAUCUGUAUCGCCCCCUGGUGGCUGGUUACAGUACAGGUCAUACACCUCCUCCAUGUGAGCAGACGGGACAUGGACCAAACAAACAAUCUGAAUAGACGUUUAAUAAAUGUUUGUAAAGAUG